AAACUUAUUAGACAAUUUUUGGGUUAAUUUUUGAUGAGCUUUUUUCUAGUUCCAAAAGGAUCGAUAACCGAAAAAACACCAUUGACAUCUCGCUUCUGGAACUGGUUCGUUUUCGAAGCGGUAUUUGUUCGAAUUAAUUAGAGCAACAAAUAUGUCGAUUAUUAAGCUUUCCUAAAACUCUAAAAUCUGUCCAUGUCCGUAUCGUAAAUUGUUGAUAUUAAGGAACCGCAAAGAUGGCCUCGAAGAACGCCAGCUCCAUCCAGGUGUGCAUCAAGGUGCGACCAUGUGAGCCCGGGCUCACCUCCCUGUGGCAGGUGAAGGAGGGCCGCUCCAUCCACCUGGCGGACAGCCACGCGGAGCCCUGCGUCUUCGACUAUGUCUUCGGUGAGGGCGCCAGCAACCAGGAGGUGUUCGACCGGAUGGCCAAGCACAUCGUGCACGCCUGCAUGCAGGGCUUCAACGGAACUAUUUUUGCCUACGGCCAGACGUCGUCGGGCAAGACACACACGAUGAUGGGCGACGGCCAAAACCCGGGCGUCAUGGUGCUGGCCGCCAAGGAGAUCUUUCAGCAGAUCUCCAGUGAGACGGACCGCGACUUCCUUCUGCGCGUGGGCUACAUCGAGAUCUACAAUGAAAAGAUCUACGACCUGCUGAACAAGAAGAACCAGGACCUCAAGAUCCAUGAGUCCGGCAACGGGAUCGUGACCGUGAACUGCGAGGAGUGCAUCAUAACCGGCGAGGAGGACCUGCUGCGCCUCCUCUGCACGGGCAACAAGGAGCGCACCGUGGGCGAGACCAGCCACUCGCACGCCAUCUUCCGUAUUAUCAUUGAGUCCCGCAAGUCGGACCGCAGCGACGACGACGUCGUAAUCCAGAGCGUGCUAAACCUGGUGGAUCUGGCUGGAUCAGAGCGGGCGAACCAUUCGGCUGCCCGAGGGUGCCAAAGCCUGCUCUUCCUCAGCAACGUGAUAAAGAGCCUGUCUGAGAACGCGGACAAGUUUGUCAGCUUCCGCAGCUCUAAGCUCACCCGCAUCCUGCAGGCUUCACUGGGCGGCAAAGCAUUUACCUCGAUCAUCUGCACAAUCAAUCCCGCGAUCAUGGAGGAGUCGCAGUCCACCCUGAGCUUCGCCACGCGUGCCAAGAAGAUUCGCAUCAAGCCGCAGGUGAACGAGAUGGUAUCCGAGGCCACAAUGAUGAAGCGCAUAGAGCGCGAGAUCAAGAUGAAUAGGGAUAAGCUCGCCGAGGAGGAGCGCAAGAAUGAGAGCCAACUGAAGGUGCAGGAUCUGGAGCGGCGCAUUAAGCGCGACAUGCUGAAGAUAAUUUCGAGCUCCUCGCUGAAUGAUCAGCGCCUUCAGAAGCGACGCUGCACUUGGACCUCUCCAGCAUCGGGCCCAGAAGCGGAGACUGCCACAACUCUACUGCCCGCUCUGUCAGAGGAAUCACGUUUGCCCCGACCUUCGAAGACGUCUAACCUGCCGAAACCAAUGUUUUACCCAAACUCUAACCACUCCAAUCGACGGGAUGUCGCACCCAAAACCAUCAGCAUAAAUCCGGCUCUGAAGGAGGAAUUUGUACCAGCUGAUAGUAUGGACUUUAUACCUGCAGUGCCGAAAUUACUUGAGAAAGAGGCGGCGAGCAAUAUUCCUUCAGUAAUCAAAAAGGAACAGCAGUCCAUUCAAAACUGCGAUGCCCUGCAGGCCGAGGUCUCUGCUCUUACUGCAUCCAACCAGGUAGCGAACGAGACGAUCGAGAAGUACGAGGAGCAGGUAAAGAGGCUGAAGGAGACCAUCGAGCGGCUGGAGAUGGAGAACAGUGAGGCGGCGGUGAAUCACGAGCUGCGCAUCGAGUCCCACAAGACCAAGUCCAAGCAGGUGGAGAGCGAGCUGCUCUCGGCCCUCUCGGAAAAGGAUUCCACCAUCGAGAGCCUGCAGCAGUCGCUGCAGAAGCUGUCGCGGGAUGUGCUUCGCAACAGCAAGGAGGAGCACAUGCGCACGAUGUGCCCCGACCUGGAGUCCAGCUGCGAGAGGAUCUGCAACAAGUGCCAGGAGCUGGAGCACCUUCUGCCCGCCGCAGAUGCCACGGGCCUCGAGUCGAUCGCCUGCCAGUGUGAUCAGCUGCGAGCCGAAAUCGCUGCCACGCGCACCAAGUUGGAAAGCGUGCAGUCGGCAUUCAGCCAGGCCAGCUGCGAGGUGUCCCAGAGGACCACCGACUGCGAGCGCCUCUCCAGGCAGAUAUCCUCGGCCCAGGAUGACUUUGGACUGCUGCAGGCGCGUUACGACACCCUGGAGAAGCAGGGCCAGGCCCAGCAGCUGGCCAUCGAGAACAUGCAGGCCGAGUACCACUCCAUCCAGCGGAAGUACCAAAAGCUGCAGCUGGAGUACGACCGUCUGGAGCAAAGAUCUGAGGAACAGUGCCAGCAGCUGCAGGCGGACAACGCGAAGCUGCAGGCUGAAAUUGGAACUCUCAAGCAGAGAGUGGAGGAGGCCCAGCGCCAGCUAUUGGAAGCCCCCAAUCCCGAAUCUCUGGCCGAGGAGUUCAAGGCGCAGAACCGAGAGCUUAAGGCACAACUCUCCGACUUGCAGGCAAACUUUGCCGAGAUCCAAAGCGAAUACGACUGCCUCUCCAACCAACUGAUGGAAAGUGUGCAGGAGAACGACGCCCUGCGUGAGGAGCUCAAACAGCGCCCCUCCAGCUUUGAAGUGGACUCCAUGAAGUCAUCCGGUGUGGGCACCGAGUGCAGUGAACCGGAGCACGACCUCGACCAAGACAGUGAUCUCCUACAGCAGUUUGUCCAGCUGUCUGAAUCGAUUAACCAGAUCGAACUCCAGCACCAUUCCGGCUGCAGUCGCCUCUUUAGAGCCAUCAACUUGGAUCGGGAUCUGGAGGAGCCUGGCUUAAAGCUUUGCCUAGAGUCUGCGGAUUUUAUCGCGAGCGACAGUCGCCAGCUGGAUACAUCCGAUUCCAUCAGCCUCAAGGGUUCCUUCAAGCAACACAGGUUCCAGAUCAGGCGAUUAACCCAGGAACAGGCUGAUAUGGGAGAGGAGGAGCGACUCCGCAGUGUGAUUUCCCAAUUGGAGCAGGAAGUGAAAGAGAAGAAUACGCUAAUCGGUGACGCUGAAGCAACUAUUAAUGAGUUGCGCGAACAGAUAAUCAGCCUGGAAUCUGCAUUUGUAGAGAAGAGUAUCCUGGAGAACAUGGUGGAGGACUAUCAGCGCCAGAUCGAGUCCCUGGAGAAACAAAAUGCGCGGGAUCAGCCAGAUAAAGUAACCACCGAAAGCUCCAUGAGCGAUAGCUUGCUCGAAUGUCCUCCCGACGAGGAAACCCUGAUAGCUUGCCAUACAUCUCCCGCAAAAAGAGAUCACGAAUCGCAGGAGGUCGUCACUCUCAAGGAAUCCCUGGCUGAGCUGAAAACCAAGGUGUGCCACCUGCAGGCCGAACUGGAGAGCCAGCUGAAGCAGAUGCAGCUCAAGGACAGUAACAUUGCCAAGUUGCAGACGGACAUUGAGGAAAUGGGCGAGCGUUGCUUGUCGAUGGAACUGAGGGUUGCUGAGCUGGAGGAGGAUGCCCAUCAGAAGCAGGAACUGCUGGAUCGCCAGGCGCAGAAGCUGUCCGAUGACCUAAGCCUCAUUGACCAGCUGCAGCAGAGGAAUGCCAACCUCGUUGACCGCAGCAUCAAAGCAGAGGAAUCGCUGAAACUUGAGCGAGCGAAGCAGGAGCAGACAAUCGCUGCCUACGAUUACGAAAAACAAGUUGAGGAGCUCGAAGAAUCAUUGAAGAGGGCCAAAGAAAAUCUCUGUAUUCUGGAAAAACAAAAGACGGAUGAAAUUAACGCCAUUCAGCUGGAGUACAUGGUGAAGAUGGAGACGAGCGAGCACGAGAACCGCGCCAAGUUCCGCUCGUACAGCCAGGAGUUGGAGGCGAGCAAGGAGCGUUAUGAGAGCAGUGUGGCCACCCUAAGGGAUCAGCUAUCGCAGGCCGGGGAGGAGCUCUCCAGCGUUACGGCUCGCUGUCAGGCGGAGUUGGAGGGCAUUAGAGGCAUUCUCCAGGAAAAGAUUACCCACGCGGAGGAGGAGAGAAGCAAAUUGACUGCCCAGCACCAGGCGGAGCUAGAGAAAAUCAGAGAAAUCCUGAAAGAGAAAUUGGCCGAGGCCGAGGCGAAAGAGGUCAGGAUUGAAGCUGAUCACAAGGCGGAGAUAAGUCAUGUGCGACUCACCAUGAAGGAGCAGUUGAGCCAAGCCGAGGAGGAGCGAGAGAAGGCAUCCUCAAAGCUUGAGGAGAUGGAAAUCACCCUGGAGGAGAUGAUCAGUCAGAGAAGAGUAAUGGAAGACAAAAUAGCUGAGCUGGAGAAAACGAAAUCCAAUCGGGAAUUGGCCUUGGAUAAUCUAAAAGCUGAGAAAACCAAACUACAGCUCCUGUACGACAAAAGCCAGGAGCAAUUGCAAAGGCAAUUGCACUCUGGCGACCAGAAUGGCACAGAGGAUGGAGAGCGGGGUGAACGACUCGAGAAGAUCAAUGACAUCCAGGAUCAGCAGGUUGUGGACUUGGAGAAAGUGGGACAGGAGAAGAUGACCCUGCAGUCUGAGAUUCAGAUUCAAAAGCAGAAACCACAGGAACUUGAAUCGCAAACGGAUGUGCUGGUGUUGGACAAGUGUGAUUUGAUGGAGAAGCUAGAUACGUUCACGGCCAAGAUAAGCGAUCUCGAAGAAGCACUGCACGGUGCCAAACUCAAACUUCUGGCCCAGGACGACCUGGUUUCCCAGCACGAUAGGCUGAAAAUUUGUCUAUCCGAGGCCAAUGAGUUGUCGUGCAAUCUGCAAAAGAAAGUGGAGCGACUGCAUGCGGAUCUCUUAGCUUCGGAGGAGGAAAUUUCCAGUCGAGAUGUUGAAUUGGACCAACUUCGUUCGGAACUGAAGAGCGCUGUGGAUGCAAAGACCUCUGCAUGCACAGAUCAACUAGUUCUGGUGGCGCAGGUCAAUAAAGUCGAGGAGCAGAUGUCAGUCCAGGCAGAGGAGUUUAAACGCGAGGUGGCCGAGCUCAAGGGAUCAAUGAACGAGCUGCAGCUGAAGCUUAAAUCCUUGCAAGAAAUAAAGGAUAACCUUGAGGCUGGCAACGAGGUGCUUAAACUGAAGCUGAGCAAAUCCCACGAUCUGCAGCACAUGCUGGCAGAGGAGCAAGCACUGACUGCCUCCUUGAGGGAAAGUCUGGACAAGCUGGAACAAUCGAAGACAUGCCUCGCGGAGGAAAUGCAAGCCAAGGAAGAAGAAUUCGCUCAGAGAUCCACGGAGUUGAGUCGCAAAUUGGAGCUGGGCCGCAUCGCAACCGGGGAAUUGUCCAAGGAGUGCGAAAAUCUCCGGUCGGAUCUGGAAACCAAAACUAAGAAUUUCCAGAGAGAAAACAAAAACUUGGAGUCAAUAAUAUUCGGUCUGCAAAAGGACAAACAACAGCUGAAUGAAGAGAUGGUAAUUCUUAAAGAGAAGGAGGAAGCCCAUAAGACAGUACUGGCGUCUCUCCAGGAAGCCUCGUCUAAGAACCAAUUGGCCAUGGAUAUGGCCAAUAAUAAAAGCCUUGAAAUGGGACAAAAAGUUAACGAUCUCUUGAAGAAAUGCGAAAGUCUUCGUUUCGAUCUCAAGGAGAAAGAUGAAGCCAAUGGUGGACUGAGGACUCAGUUAAUAUCCAACGAGGCAGCCCUCGCAUCUCUGGAAGAAGCCUCGACUAAGAACAAAUUAGCCAUGGAAUCGGCAAAUAACAAAUGCCUCGAAAUGGAGCAGAGGAUUAACGAUCUCUCAAAGGAAUGCGAACAGCUGCGAUCCGAUUUGCAACUCAAGGAGUCGUGUUUCCUAAAGGAAAAGGAUCAGUUGAACGGCACCAUUUCAAAUUUAUUGGAAGACAAGCGCAGCCUGGAGAAACAAUUGUGUUCGCUUAAUGAGAAACUCACAAUGAAGUGCGAAAAACUACGAAAAACUUUGAAAUCCAAUCAACGAACAUACAAACAGCAUUUGGAGGAAAAGCUUUCCAUUCUUAAAGAGAAGGAUGAAGACAAUGCUCGGCUUAAGAUUCAGUUGACAUCCCUUCACGAGUCCUCGAGUGAACACCAAUUAGCCAUGACGGCGGCCAAUAACAAAAGCCUUGAAUUGGGACACAAGGUUGUUGAACUCACAAAAGAAUCUGAGAAGUUACGAUCAGCUCUGAAAUCCAGGGAAAGCAAUUUCCGAACCGAAAAGGAGCGCAUGGACGGCACCAUCUGCAGUCUAUUGGAGGAUAAGCGCAAUCUAGAGGAAAAGCUGUGCUCGCUCAGCGAGAUCAUGUCUAAGCUUGAGUUCGAACUGGCCGCUUUUCAACCACCUAAAUCUUGUGGGUCGUUUAAAUCGAAUAUCUCCAACGGAAAUCCGACUACGAAGAAAACUCUGGAUCGCAGUGCUACUCCCAGUGUGGCAAUGAAACCCUCAAUGCUGAUUGAGUCCACGGAGCGGAAAAAUCGAAGGAUCACGGCAUACGAUGAACGCCGCAGGCAGUCUAACUGGAACGACUUUCAGGAUUGCGCCAAUACGACAAAUUUCUCGGAAAUCAAUUGCGAUUGUGCGGAGCCAAGCUGCAAACACAGACUGAAUUCGAACUGGAGACAAUCUUAGAGAAAACAAGCUUUAAUUUAAAGAUGAUCUUCCGUCAAGGAGUUGAACAACAAAAGAUCAUCAACACUUUCAAUAUUAGUUUACUCAAAAAUGAAAUCGCCACUCUGCGAGAAAAAAACAAAUACACUAAGAGGGUCGCUAAGACGCAGCCAAAUAAGUCACGUUGGAUGUAAUUCAAGUAUUAAGUUAUCUUGUUAAGUGUUAUCUUGUCAAGGUUGAAGUUUAAAUUUAUAAUUCUUUUUUCUGUUUAUGUUCAUUCUUAAAUGUUAAGUUUCUGUCCAUUAGUCACUAUUAAAAACUCUCUGAACAAAAGUGAUAAGCAAAUUGAAUUGUAUUUGUAAUUAGUUGUAUAUACUAAUCCGAAAAAUGUUAUUACUUAAAAGACUUAAACGGCAGUCUAUAUUCUAUAAGUUAUCGUAAUUAAAAGAAUCAUUAAUUUAUUUUAUUUAUAAAUCAUUUUAUAAAA